AAAUGAUGUUUAAGCUAACCUUAAGACGAGUAAGCAUUGGCAUGCCUUGUUUGAAAUAACUUUUUUCAGGAUUACUUCAAAAAAGAGACAACCUUCUUCGUUUCGGUUUCCUUUUUCAGUUGAUAAACAACUUGUUUCCGUGGGGUACGGCACAUUGUAAACCGGAGGUAAGAUUAAAUAGUAACCCCCUGACUUGCGUUUUUUUAACUUGUAAAUUUUAGCGUAACGCCACGCUUUCGGGACACAAUGCAUGAGCCAUAAGAAAGUGACCCGUAAUUUUUUGUCCUUGGCCUCACCGUGCGCACACACACAAGGCGUAUUAAUAUAUAGAUACACCUCAAUGCUUUCUUUUUUUUAAAUUGAAAGAUUACAUAGAAGCGCCUAACUGUUUGCCGCAUGAAGAUAUUAAAUCAUCUUUGACAGCAUUCGAAAUAAAGUUAUGCCAGAGUUUGAAACGUGUGGAGUUGAGAGGAAAACGUGGACGAAAGGUCCCUAUGAUAUUGACAAAAUCGAAUGAAAAGGCAAUUGCACUGCUUAACAAAACAAGAGGUGAAGUGGGUAUUUCUGAAGAAAAUCCUUAUGUAUUUAGUGUACCGACCAGGGGUUCUUUGCAAUUCUUGCGAGGCAAUGAUGCUUUAAGAAAAAAUGUUUCACCUUUAACACUGAAGUGUCCAGAUGCAAUUACAUCAACAAAAUUGCGAAAACACAUCGCAACAUUGAGUCAACUGCUUAACUUGGAAGAACGGGAACUGGAAAUGCUGGCUUCUUACAUGGGGCAUGACAUUAAAGUUCAUCGAGAAUAUUAUAGAUUGCCAGAAGAUACCUUGCAGUUGGCGAAAUGCGGAAAAUCAGUUAAUUUCCUUGGUCCAUAAGGACUUAUGGACCAAGAAAAAUUGACUGAUUUUGCUGGCAAGAGUUUAAAAGACGUUGAGAUCGAUUUGGGUAAGUUUUCGAUCCUUUAUCUCUUCCAGGAUUGUAGGGUAACAAUUUAUGAUAGCCAACUACAUAGACCGACCUGUAUUAAUAAUAUAUAACAGAUGUUGACGUUCACUUCCCUCCAUAACUUUCUAACAUUAAAAAAAAGCACAAAAA